AUGCUCCAGGGCGUGCGCGUGGUGGAGUUGGCCACUGUGUUGGCGGCUCCGUCCGCGACGGCGGCGCUUGCGGACUACGGGGCGGAAGUCAUCAAGGUGGAGAGCCCUGCUGGGGACAUGUGGCGGAAGGAGGCGCUCAGGCUCACUCCCGACGAGCCGCAUGGGCCCCUGUUCGAGAACACGAACAGGGGCAAGAAGUCCGUGGUCAUGGACCUCAAGGACGACGCAGAGGUGCAGCUCUUCCACCGCCUCCUGGCGACUGCUGAGGUCCCCAGACCUCCGGUGUGUCGUGGUUUGUCCAGGGCGCGGGCCCGGGAGCUCCCGGUCCCCUCUCGGGGACCGGCUUCCAUCAUGAGCUGGUCUGUUGACGAUGCGGAGCCCGAAAACGGCCCCCAGGGGCUGAGAAAUGCGAGAAUGAAAAUGAAAUGGUUGGUUGUUUCAAGACGUUGA